UUUGGGCAUAACCUUUACCUCUGCUAUAAGAAGUCGCUGAUUAAACAACAUAUAAUCUCUUACGAACCUGAAGUCCUUUUCUGGCAUCGUGUCGGAGGUUUCGCUACUCAGCCAAUGGUUAGUGGCUCCGUUUCGGAGUCAUUUACCGAUCACGAAUCUUCCAGUCAAUCAUGGACAAAUAGAGGAGAUUUUGCUAGCCAUAUGGAUGCUUUGCACCCUGAUGUUGGUGAGAACGCCUGA